UUAAAGGUUAAAUUUUAAUUAUAACAUGUACAUAUAAUAUACAUUCUCUGAUGUAAUAUAUUAUUACUUUAAUUUCGUAUAGUUAUAUCGUCUUAGUUAUAUUUCAUAAAGUUGAUUUCAUAAAAAUACUUGCAAAUAUGACGGAAGAAUCCUUAAAAAGUUGGCAUCUUAUAUGGUGGUUAUUUAAAUUAUUUGGAUUUCCAAUUACUAUUCCAUGGUUGAUAUAUCAUUUUCUUGAUAUAAUGCAACAAAAAAGAAGAAAAAAAACACUCAAUGGAAAAGUUGUAAUAAUAACUGGAGCCAGUUCUGGAUUAGGAGAGGCAUUAGCACAUGUUUUUUAUGCUUGUGGUUGUAAAAUUAUUUUGAUUUCUAGACGAAAAGAAGAAUUGGAUAGAGUGAAAAAUACUUUAAUGAAUACUCAUGUUACAAUACCAACUUAUCCUCCAGUAAUUUUACCAGUAGAUAUAACUAAUAUAAAUAGUUUACAAACUGAAAUUACAAAAAUAAUAGAUAUUCAUGGAAGAAUUGAUAUUUUAAUUAAUAAUGCUGGUAUUUCUUAUAGAGGUGAAAUUAUUAAUACUAAUAUGGAUGUAGAUAUAAAAGUAAUGCUUACAAAUUACUUUGCUCAAAUUGCUUUAGCAAAAGUUAUUCUUCCAUAUAUGAUAAAACAACAGUCAGGUCAUAUAGUAUGUAUUAGUAGUAUACAAGGCAAGAUUUCAAUUCCAUACAGGUUGGAAUAUUUUAUAUUUAUAUUUAAAACUUAUUUUUCUUUAAAUUUUAAUUUGUAUAAUUCUAACAGAUCUGCAUAUGCAGCUUCUAAAUAUGCAUUACAAGCUUGGUGUGAUUGCUGUAGAGCAGAAUUACAUGAUCAGAAUAUAAAAAUUACAAUUGUUAGUCCUGGUUACAUAAAGACUUCUCUUUCUUUGAAUGCAUUAACAGGAAAUGGACAAAUUUAUGGAGUAAUGGAUAAAACAAUACAAGAAGGAUACUACCCAAAAUAUGUAGCAGACCGUAUUUUAAAAGCAGUAUUAAAAGAAGAAAAAGAUAUUUUAAUAACACCAUUCAUUCCAAAAGCUGCAAUGUAUUUACGCACAUUAUGUCCAUCAUUAUAUUUUUGGAUAAUGCAGAAACGAGCUAAAAAGACAAAGGAAAAAGAAUGAUAAUAUUUAAUGUAUGAUUAUUACAAACAGGGUAAACUGUAAUUUAAUUAUUUAUUAGUUCUUUUUUAUACAAAGUAUUUUGUUUUUAUCUUUGUAUUUAUACUAUUUUUUGUUAUUAUUUCAUUGUAAUUAAAACGAAAUAUG